AUGACUUCCUCUAGUCGAAUUUCGAUUGCCAUAGUUGGAGGCGGCAUCGGCGGACUCUGUCUUGCCAUUGGCCUUCUUCCAAAGGAGAACCUCGAUGUAUCCAUCUACGAAACAGCGCCCAAAUUCACAGAACGCGCACUGGCCCUGAUUUCUCCCGCCGCCGAGCAAGCAUUCCUCCGCCACGCAACAGCCAGCCUAUCUCCAGAAUUUCAAAAUAUCUGGUUUGAUUUCCGGAACGGCAAAUCAGGCGAGAAAUAUGGAGAAGUACUCAGCAAAGUUGAAAACGAGACGGGUCAACGAUCAGUUCAUAGAGCCAAAUUUCUCGACGAGCUAGUCAAGCUCAUACCGGAGAAAAUCGCCCAUUUCGGUAAGCGGCUUGUUCAUAUCAAUAAGCAUCCUGUUUCUGCGUUUGGUUUGUAUGAACUUGUCUUUGCGGAUGGGACGACAGCCACUGCAGACUGUAUCAUCGGGGCAGACGGAGUUCACAGUUCGGUGAGGAAGCAUUUGCUCGGAGAAACUCACCCUGCUGCCACUGCGGUGUUUACCGGCACAAUCGUUUACCGUAGUCUAGUUCCGAUGGAUGUUGCCCGCGGCGCAAUAGGCGAAUUUGCCGAAAAUUCUUAUAUGUGGUGUGGAGAAGGAGGCGCAGUAUUAACUUACCCCAUUGAUGACGGGGAAACCAUGAAUGUGGUUGCAACUCGAGACGGGAAAAGAAGCUGGGAUGGGCCACCAUACACCAAGUCAGUUAACAAGGAGACAGUGCGGAAAGAUUUUGUGGGCUGGGGAGAGAUUCCCGGCAAAGUCAUCGAGCUCCUGCAAAAGCCAACCAUGUGGGCUAUCCUAGACCAUUUCCCAGCUCCAUAUUACUAUGCCGGGAAUAUCGCUAUGAUGGGUGACGCGGCCCAUGCAACCAGUCCCUUCCAGGGUGCUGGUGCAGGACAAGCAAUCGAAGAUGCCUUGGUCUUGUCAACUCUCUUUCAGCAAGUUACAACUCAGGGACAAAUCAAACCAGCACUGGCCGCGUACGACAGAGUGAGACGACUGCGGACCCAGAAAGUUGUUGCCACCAGUCGUGAUACAUUAAAUCUGUUCUGUUUCAACGACGGCUAUGUAAAUGGAGACGAACAGCGCUGGAAGGAAACAUGGGAAGGCCGGAUGGACUGGCUAUGGGGAAUUGAUUUGCUGAAGCAGAAUGAAGAAGCACUCAACGCGUAUGCAAACUUCAUUGAGAAGCAGUCUUCUUCUCCGAAGGGAAUGCUCUAA